UGCAGCACGCGCUAUUUUUUGUGGCCUUUCUUAAAUCACUCCAACCGGUUGGUGGCGCUAAUAUCCUUUCCGCUCGCCAAACGACAUUUAUCUCAAGAAUAAGACGCUUACACUCAGCUCCAGUCAAGGGGAAAAAAGAGUGACGUUAGUUGUGCUGGCUAAGUUCACUUGGACUUGAAGAUAAAAGGUGAUUGAGGACCAUGCUGCGGGCUUGUGUCAGAGGUGCUAGUUCGGCACUUUGGAACAACUAUGUAAAAAACCCUCGGAACAGUCUGCAGUCCUACAGACACUACACAGCUGGGGAAACCAGUGGGGCUGUCAAAGUGGUCACUGUUGGCUUGAUGACAGUCAGUGGUGGCAUUGGAGGAACCAUACUCUACGCCAAAUGGGACCACAAGUUCAGAGAAACCGUGGAGAAAAAUGUUCCAUAUUCAGAACGGCUGUUGGGUUUGGCAUUGGGAUAUGCUCCCCGAGAAGCUGUUCAUUCUGUCAAAAAACAGACUGAGUUUCCCCAACCCCCCUCAAUGAUGGGAAAAGUCAUGAAACCAUCUAAAGACAAGCAAGAGAAGAAAGUGGAGUCUGUAGCGAGUCCCUUAGAAGAACCUAAAUCACCCUCACUACAGGCUGCACAGAGCCUACAAGAAGCGUCAGCUGAAGCGACUCAUAUAAUCUCAGCCAUCAGUGAAGUACCAUCAGUCCCUGCUCCAUGCGACACGGAGGUGAAACCCGUGAAAGAUGAGUGCAAAGAGUGUCAUGACCAUAAAGUAAGUCCAGAGACACCUGCAAUGACCAAUGAAUUAGAGUCUUUAACGGCAGUAGAACCACUCAAAGAGCGUCCAGUAGAAGAGGUGACAGCUCGACUUGUUCAGCAAGACCUAGACGAAAAGGAAAUGUUGACAUCUGUCUCAGUAAAUCUUGAUGACUCAUUGGUGUGCUCAGCAAAAGCCACACUUCAGGCCAUUGGAGCUCAGGAAGUAGCCUUGCAGGCGAUCUUGCAGCACACACAAAAACUGAAGGAAGCUAUGGAAGUAGAGGUUCCAUCUCAGGAGAAGUCAGCCCAGUGGAAGGAUUUAGAAGCUUGUCUUGCAAAUAAAGUUGCUGCUGUAAACGAGGCGGGCACAGCAGUAAUGAAAGCCAAUGAGGCCUUGGACAACCUCAAGUCUGUCAUUGACAUAUCGAAGGGGGUGAAUGUUCCUGCUGUCCGACCACUUGUGUUGGCAGCAGAGGAGAAUCUCCAUAAAAUGGUCGUGGACUUGGAUAAAGUCGUUAACAAGGUGCAGUCUGCAGAAUCAGAAUCCAAGAUUGUCUCCCAGUACAGUGAACUAGUUAAUGAAGCAAAAAUACAGUUCCAAAGGGAGGUGAGCAGCCUGACUCCAGAGAUUCAGGCCAACUGGAAAGGACUCGCUGGUAAGCUGUCAACAGAUGACCUAAAUGCCCUUAUUGCCCAUGCACACCGUCGCAUUGACCAGCUAAACAAAGAACUGGCUGAGCAGAGGGUCAGGGAGCAGUUCCAUAUUAAUGCUGCUCUGGAACAGCAGAAGAUGGAGCACCAGAAAACCCAAGAGACUGCUAUUAACACUUCCCUGCAACAUAUCAAGGAAAAUGCACGACUGGAGCAGGAGAGAAAGUUGUCUGAAUUGAGGGAAGUGAUGGAGGCAGAGAUGAGGACUCAACUGCGACGUCAGGCGGCUGCUCACACAGACCAUGUCCGAGAUGUCCUCAAAGUGCAGGAGCAGGAAUUGCAAGCUGAAGCUGAGCAGAUCCUAAGCACUAAGCUAUUGGAACAAGAAACCCGAUAUCGUCAACUGAGCCAGGAGCAGCUGGAUAACUUCACACUGGAUAUGAACACUGCCUAUGCAAGACUAAAGGGUGUGGAGGAGGCCAUAGACAGCCAUGUGAUAGCAGAGGAGGAGGCCCGAAAAGCUCACCAGUUGUGGCUCUCUGUGGAGGGACUCAACUACACCUUGAAGACCACUGAUGCUGGUUCACCUACCAAGCCACUGGAAGCCGCCGUUCAGGCCGUGCGAGACAGUUGCCAUGACAAUCAAUUUGCCUUGGCUCUGGCAACAGCUCUUCCAGAAGAAUCACUACAGCGUGGCGUGUACAGUGAGGCCUCACUCCGAGCUCGGUUCUAUGGUCUGCGAUCACAAGUCCGCAGGGUUGCCCUUAUUGAUGAGUCUCACAACUCCUUGUACCAGUAUUUCCUAUCCUACCUGCAAGCUGCACUGCUGUUUGAGACAAAACAGAAAGUCCCGCCCACCCAGCUAAGCAGUGAGGAUUUAGACCCGUUCAAGCUCCUUUCAUACGCCACCUACUGCUUAGAGCAUGGUGAUCUGGAGUUAGCAGCUAAACUAGUGAACCAGUUGACAGGAGAGUCCCGGAGAGUGGUGGAGGACUGGCUGAAUGAAGCCAGGCUUACGUUGGAAACCAGGCAGGUGGUCAGUGUGUUGUCUGCUUAUGCAAAUGCUGUAGGGUUAGGAACCACUCAAGCGCCAUAGGGUCCCCCCUCUGAAAAAAUGGACAUCAAAUUGUUUCCUUUUCCAUGCUUAAAAGGUAGCUGAUGAGUGGAUUGCUUUUUGCUGAGGUGAGAUUUUCACGAGUGUAAGCAAACCCAAACCUGAUGAUGGUGGUCCACUUGUCAGUUGUUUAAAAGAGUCAUGUCGUAAUACAUAACUAAUAACUUCUUUACCCACUAAUUCUGGUUUUAUCUGUUGAGGUCCACUUCAAACAGGUCUUUAUUUUUGUCAAAUAUUAUUCUUCUUUGCCCAGGAAAUAAUAAUUAAAAGAAUAUUGUAUUAGAAAUGUCUUUCUGCAUUUUAUUUUUGUCAAUAACGCACUUCAAAAUAAAAAUGGUACUUGCUUCUUGA